AUGGGUUUGCAGAUGCAAAGGUCUUUAUCCCACGUCUCGUUCUCGAUCUGCUCUGACUUGCGUCGAAGACAAAUUGACUUGCUGAGAAAACAUCGCGGCGGGUCUGUUGACCUGGAGGUAAACGAAAAAACGGGCAUUGCGUUGAUGACUUUAAAUAAUCCAAAAAAGAAGAAUGCCAUCACUGGUUCCAUGCAUUUAGAAUUCGAAGAAAGAAUAGAAGAAUUGGAAAAAUGGGAAACAGGCAAAGGGCUAAUUGUAAAAGGAUGUGGCAAUACAUUUUGUUCUGGAGGAGAUUUAAAUUUUGUGAGAGCUCUUGCGAAGGAAAAAGAUUCUGACAAUCCCAGCCUCAUGUCAUCGUUUAUGCAAAAUGCCACGACAAGAUUAUCAAAUUUACCAUUAAUUACUGUUGCUUUAGUUGAAGGAUUUGCUGUGGGCGGUGGAGCAGAGUUGAUGACAUGUUGUGAUUUCAGAGUAGUUCAUUCAAGUGCCCGCAUUGGAUUUUUGGAGGCACAAAUGGGUCUUUCAACCGGCUGGGGUGGAAGCGUACGGUUGGUGCAUUUACUCGGAAGGUCAAAAGCGUUGCAAUUGUUAACGUCUGCUAGAGUCAUCAGCGGCAUAGAUGCUCAAAAAAUCGGCUUAGCUGACGAAAUAUUUGGAGAGUCUGAUGAUCCUUUAGAAGCAACUACGUCUUUUCUGACAAAGUAUUUGAAAUUUCCUUCUGAAGUUAUCAAGGCAAUGAAAAGAGUAGCAGUGAAUGCUUCAAAAAGCGAUUCAAAAUCUGUUGAACAUUUAAAUGCUAAAGAAACGGAUAUUUUUCAAAAUUUAUGUGGAGGCCCGGCCAACUUAGCUGCUUUGAACAGAAAAUAA